AUGACCAAAGAACUCACUGGAACCUGCCUCUGCCGCAAGGUCUCGGUCACUAUCAAGGGCGACAAGGUCGGCACAAACCUCUGCCACUGCACCAACUGCCAAAAGGCAGCUGGGUCGGUCUUUUACACUGGCGUCAGGUUCCCGGCCGAGAAUGUCACCUAUAACGACCCCGACUCCGUCACCAAGACGCAUGUCGACGGCACCGGAGAGCUCGCCAGCGGGAUCGGGCGCUCCUUCUGCAGCAACUGCGGUUGCCUGAUCAAGAUCAGCAGUAUCGCAUACCCGCGGUUUGUGUCUGUCCCUUAUGGCAUCAUCGACAGCGACGACAAAACCGAGUUUAAGCCAGACGUAGAGUUUUUUUGCGAUAGGAAGGUGGACUGGGUCGCUAGCAUCGAGGGAUCUACAAAGUUUGCGACCAUGCCGGCGGUUUAG